AUGAAAACGAGUAUAAAAAUAAUUUUUACACUUUUUAUUUUUAUAAAAUAUGUUAACAGCCAAGCAGACCAUAUUAUUCAUGAAAAAUUAACAAAAUUCGUUUUUUUAAGUUGCAAUUCUCAGAAAUCAAAAAAAAAUGAAAAACUAUUGAAAUCAAUAGAGAAAAUUAAACCUCAACUUAUGUUGUGGAUAGGAGAUUAUUUUUACUCUGAUUGUAGUGAGUUAAAGUGUUUAGAUGAAGCAUAUGAUUAUAUAAAAAAAGAUCCGUUUUAUUUAAGAUUAAAAGAAAAGUUUAUUAUUGAUGGUAUAUAUGAUGAUCACGAUUAUAACAAAAACAAUGGGGAUAGAUUGUAUAAGUAUAAAAAGGAAAGUAAGAAAAAAUAUUUAGAUUAUUUAAAUGUAGACAAAAAUGACGUAAGAUAUAAAAGAAAUGGAGCAUAUGUAUCCAAAUUAUAUAUUGACCCCGUAAAUGAAAAAAAUCAAGUAAAAAUAAUUAUCUUAGAUACAAGAUAUAAUAAAGAUCCUUAUCCCUUUUAUGCUCCUGAUUCAUACAAUGAUUUUUUUAUGUGUAUAUUUGUUUCUUUUUUUGCCCGUUUUCAUUCAUCUAUAUUUGGAUUACACUGCAAUAGUAAAAAUGACAUUUUAGGAAAUGAGCAAUGGGAAUGGUUAGAAAAAGAACUAACUAAUUCGGAUGCUCGGGCUCAUAUUAUUAUUUCAUCUACACAUAUUUUUUCUAAUCAUAUAGUGAAUGAGAAUUGGGGUUUAAUGCCUUACUCUCUGAGGCGAUUAAAAGAGUUAAUAAAAAAAACAAAGCCAAAAGGUUUAAUUUUUUUAAGUGGUGAUGUACAUUUUAGUAGCAUAAUUGGAAAUGAAGAUAACAUAGUAGAAGUAACAAGCAGCGGUGUAAAUCAAGAAAAUAUUUUUAGUUAUAUAAAUAAAUAUUUUGUUUAUUUUUUUUCAAGUAUUAUAAAUAAAAGAAGUGCUUUUGAAUUAAAGAAUAUAUAUGCCUUUAAUAAUUUUGGUACAGUUAAUAUAGAUUAUAUAAAUGAAAAUGAAAUAAAAAUUAAAACUUCUGUUAACGAUUCUGGUGGUAAUGAAGUUUUAGUAGCCAAUCAAGUCUUUAAUAAUAAAAAAAAUAUAUAUGAAAAGUCAGAUAAACUUCACGUAAUUAAUGAUGAAUUUGGUACUUUCAUAUGUAAAGGAAAAGUAAAAAUAUUUUUACAUAUUAUUGUUUAUAUUCUAUUUUUAUUGUGGUUUGCUCAAAUAAUUUUUAUUUUAUAUAAAUUAUUUGGAAUUCACAAAGGUGCAAAAGUUGAUAAAAAGAAAAAAACUCAAUAA